UAUGCAAAAAAUUACCAAAAUUAUAUUUUCCUGAUGAAAGUAGAACAUUCACAUAUAUAAUUGAAACAGAUUCAAGCGAUCACAGUUAUGGAGGAGUACUAAAAUAUAAAUAUGACAAAGAAAAGAUAGAACACCAUUGCAGGUAUUGCUCAGGAUCAUAUACUGAGGCACAAACAAAAUGGGAAAUAAACAGAAAGGAAUUAUUUGCAUUAUAUAAAUGUUUAUUAGCAUUUGAACCAUAUAUAGUUUACAAUAAAUUUAUUGUAAGAACAGAUAACACACAGGUAAAAUGGUGGAUAACAAAAAAGUUAGAUGAUUCAGUUACAACAAAAGAAAUAAGGAGAUUAGUAUUGAAUAUAUUAAAUUUUACAUUUACAAUUGAAAUUAUAAAAACUAAUGAAAAUCUCGUUGCAGAUUACCUAUCAAGAAAAAGGAACACAAACUGAACCAGAUACAACAGAAGAAAUACUCAAAGCUAUUAAUACACUUUCUACGAAGGUGGACAGUAUGGGAAAAGAGUUACAAAAUCUAAAAGCUAAUAGUCAGCAGCAUGACUAUAAAUAUGCGGAGCUACGCCAACAUAUAGAGUUACGUCGAUCGGAAGACGCUAAAAUUCCAGAGCUACAAGGAGACGAUGGGAAACUCCGAAAAACCCAUAACAAUGUUUGUUUAGAUACAGCUGCAGGUACAAGCAAAAGAAUUAAUACAAAUUUAAACCAGCUAUUUGCAAAACCAUUUACCCAAAAACCACAAAUGCAGAUACCAGCAGAACCACAAACAUCUACCUAUGCAAUAAGCCUACAAAAUGACAAAAAAAGAUACAACUAUAUUACCCAAUCUUACAUUGAAAACAUACACAAAAUUCAGACAUAUCUAAACCUAAACCCAAGAUCCACACAAACAAAAACUCCCGAAGAAGACUAUAUAACCCAGAAACUACAAGGAUAUAACAAACUUAUUGCACAACCUAAGACCAACCCCAACCUAGUAAAAACAUGUUAUAACUACGGACUAUUAAAUACAGUAUACACAUAUACCGGAGAAGAAAUAGCCGGAAUACCAGAACUACAUAGAGCAUUUUUAACAUAUAAAAGAAUUACCAAAGGAAAUUUAUUCUAUAUAAAAUGUUAUACAGCACCAGCAGAGAUACUAUACGAAGAAAUAAAAUCACCAAUACAGGUGGUAAAGAUAGGAUUAACCAGAGAUAUGAUUAUUCCAGAAGAGAUAGAAAAACAAAAUGAGAUACCAAAAGUAGAAAUACCUAACUUUUAUGCAAAUAAAAGAAUAAUUGGUAUAGCUACAAUUAUACAAGAGUUAGCAAACAAUUAUUUAAAUGGCAAUGCCAUUUGGAGCUAUUAUGCAAGAGAUCAGGUAAUGAUUUAUGCAAACUCCAAAGAGCUAAGGGAAUCAGAUAUGGAUGAAGUCCAGCGAUGGAUUUUGUCAUUAUUAAAACCAGAAGAACAACCAUCUACGAGAGCUUUGAAGAAAGGAUUUAUUUCAGAAGAUUUAUUAGUAAGAUAUUGCAAACUUAUCAGCUACAAAUACCCAGAUCAUAAAUGCUCCAAGUGCAACGGAGAAGAUAAUGUGAUACCUACAGUUGAUUUGGGAUAAAGACGAAGCUACACCAGAAGAUUCAGAU